GUGAUUUGGUUAAAGCGGAGUGAGGGCGGGGCUGCAGCUGUACGUGAUUUAUCCAUAUUUACCCACAGCCAGUGUAACAAAUGGGCAGAGUAAGGGCACAGGGACCUCACUCACCCAUUGGCCAGAUGGCUAUCAUGUGACCUGCUGGGAAGGCUAGUGCCGGGCAUUCCUGUCACACUGGGUAUGUGAGGGCCCCAUAGUGAUGUGAGGGCUUCCCCGGAGCGCCGAGGGAAUGGGGAUGAGGCAGCCAUGGCGGAGCCAAGGAAAGAGCCAGAGGAGGUACCAGAUGGAUCGGGCACCAAACUGGACCCAGGUGGCAGCACCUCCAUGCCAGCCAAGGGCUUCUCCAUACUCAAAGAGCGCUCCUUCGACGUCAACUUCGAAGUUGGGGACGAGUACGAGAUCAUCGAAACCAUCGGCGUCGGCGCUUACGGGGUGGUGUCCUCGGCCAGGCGGAAAGGCUGUGGGCAAAGGGUCGCCAUUAAGAAAAUCCCCAACGCCUUCGACGUGGUUACGAACGCCAAGCGCACCCUGCGGGAACUUAAGAUCCUGAAGCAUUUCAAGCACGACAACAUCAUUGCCAUAAAGGACAUCUUAAAGCCGUCUGUGCCUUACAACGACUUCAGAUCUGUAUAUGUGGUGUUGGACCUUAUGGAGAGCGAUUUGCACCAAAUCAUCCACUCGUCGCAGCCACUUACCCUCGAACACGCCCGCUACUUCCUGUACCAGCUUCUGCGCGGCCUGAAAUACAUCCACUCGGCCAAUGUUUUGCACCGGGACCUGAAGCCCAGCAACCUUCUGAUUAACGAGAACUGUGAGCUGAAGAUCGGGGAUUUCGGAAUGGCCCGGGGGCUCUGCACCAAGCCGGACGAGUACAAGUAUUUCAUGACCGAGUAUGUGGCCACUCGGUGGUAUCGGCCCCCUGAACUGAUGUUGUCUCUCCACGAGUACACGCAGGCCAUUGAUAUGUGGUCUGUGGGGUGCAUAUUUGCUGAAAUGUUGGGACGUAAGCCUCUCUUUCCAGGCAAAAACUACCUCCACCAGCUACAUCUCAUCAUGACUGUGCUGGGCACACCCUCCAGUCAGGUGAUCCGAGCCAUUGGGGCGGAGAGAGUGAGGGCUUAUAUCCAAAGUCUUCCCUCGCGCCAACCAGUGCCUUGGGCAACCCUCUACCCCCAAGCUGGCAAGAAGGCUCUGGAUCUGCUGUCAAAAAUGCUACGUUUUGACCCACGUGACCGCAUUUCCGUAGCAGAGGCACUUCGGCACCCUUUCCUGUCCAAAUAUCACGACCCCGACGACGAACCAGAAUGCGUCCCGGCCUUUGAUUUUGGAUUCGAUAAAAAGAUUCUCACAAAGGACCAAAUAAAAGAGGCUAUAACGGCGGAGAUAGACGGCUUUCACCGUAGAAGGGAGGGCAUACGACGGCAGAUCAGCUUUAAACCAGCACUCAGACCAGCCGUGGAAGGGCCCAUCGGGGACGGACCUAUUCAAGAAGAUGCCUUCCAAUCGCCACCACUACCCCCACCCACCGAGGGAUUGGAUAUAGAGAUGCCCAGUGCCAAUUCGGCUCGGGACAAGGCAGAUUUCCCAAUGGAGUCUCCCCGGGUUGCAGAGAACACAGAGACCAUCGAUCUCACCUCUCCUGUGGAGAAGGAAGAGACAGAGGUGCUGGGGGACGAUCAUGAAGGCAAAGAAGAAACCCUAGUGGUUAAAGCUGAACCGGAGCCCUUGCCAAAGCGAGAAGGGGCAAUAUCGGAGGAUACUAAAGCAGCGCUUAAGGCCGCUCUCUUGAAGUCAGCUUUACGGAACAAGAGUAAAGAUGCACCCACUUCCGUCCCUGAGGUUCCCGAAACCCGGAAACCAGUCACGGCUCAGGAGCGACAGCGGGAGCGGGAGGAGAAGCGAAGGCGGCGCCACGAACGCGCCAGGGAGCGGGAGAAAAAGCAGAAAGAGAAGGAGCGUCGGGAAGUGAAGAAGAUAGAAGGCUUCGGAGGCCUGGUGCUGAGCGAGAACGAUAAGAAUUUGUUGGAACGCUGGAGUCGAAUGGUCGACCAGACCCAGCUGCAGCCGGCCGUUCCUCCUGCUCAGAUAACCGGGCCCGGUCAUUCCAAUUCAGCCGUUAACAUUUGCACCGUGGCUCAGCCGCUGCAGCAGUCUGUGUUUGGUGUGGCCAACUUAGCUCCUCUUAUAGAGGUUGGGAGGCAACAGAACGGUACUAUUGCUGCCCCAGCGGUACCGCCUACCAUCCAGUUCAUUCCGAGGUGUCUGAACCCUUGCGCCGUGACCAACCUGCUCCAUUAUGUCCCGCCCUCCUCUGCGGGCUUUCAGAUUAGUUCCGUUAUGCUGACCGCCCAAGCGAAGCAAGACUCCAAUCCCAUAGCUGCCCAGCUGCCGGCCGAUGUCUCAUUCGUUAGCAGAGGACAAGUCCUGACCAAUAACUUUCCCACGCCCCCACGAAUGAAUCCCCCUUGGCCCCGGUGUGUAGCUCAGGAGGGCUGGUCUGGGGCAAACAGAGUGGAUUGCAAGAGCGUGGACACUUCCCUCUUCCUCCAUAAGCCCCCCGACCUCCAACAGCCACAGGGAGGAGUCCCAGGACUUGCAUAUUCUAAUGGAUCCGUCUUCCAGAACCCGGAACAGCACAAAAGUUUCCCACCUCUUCCGCCCACGUCGUACAGCAGCGCCAACGCCCCCCAGGCAACAUCUCCAGACAUCAACUUGGUGACUCAGCAACUUUCCAAAUCCCAGGUUGAAGAUAUCCUUCCUCCAGUUUUCUCGGUCACUCCGAAAGGAAGCGGAGCCGGGUACGGAGUGGGGUUCGAUCUGGAAGAAUUUCUCAAUCAGUCCUUUGAUAUGGCAGCAGAGAACCGGGAAAGCCACGUGGACUCCGCCCCCCUUUCUGCGUCGCUACUGGCCGACUGGCUGGACAUUCACAGCAUGAACCCGGCGGACAUGGCUUCCCUACAGGAGGAUCUGCAGCUGGGCUCCCCCAUGAGUCUCUCCGACAUCCCCGACCUACAGGACACCUAACACGGGGGGAAUACAAGGAACCCCUGCACUCUCAGUCACUUGGUUGGACCCGGAGAGCGUGUGGAUGUUUGGGCCAAUCAUACAGCGUCUUCCAGAACUUGCCAAUAAACAGUCGGAAAAGACUUGCCAGUGUUUUGUAACCCUGUAAGUGCCAAAAUCCAACUUGUCCGUUAGUCCGUGUCGGCGCUGGAUGUGAGUGAAACAGAACCAGCCUGGGAUUGGCUCCCAGUUCUGUAAUAAAAGGAUCAUGUGACCUCUGCGCUUCAUCGUCAUUGGUUAGAUCGAUAUUGGAGAAAACACGAUGCUCUUGUCCUUUUCUUACUUGGUACCGAUACCGACCCGACAGCCCAUAAUCCCACCCACCCAAUGGGCUUCAUGUACUGACCUUGCAGUGCAUCUUAUUCAUGGAUGGGGCAGAACCCUAUUAACCCUUUGAAUGAACGUUUAGUAUGAUGUAGAGAGUGCCUCUGCCGAGACAACUUGCAAUUGGUCGUCAUUUUUUAUUUUGAAAUAUUACAGCAGCUCUCCAGUUUGGAAUCGCAGCAGCCUCGUGGUUGCUAGGGCUCUGUUUAACCUAGUAACCAGGCAGCGGCUUGUAAAGGGAACAGGGAUAGGAAUAGAGAAGGGCCUACAUAGAAAGAUAAGUCAUAUAUAGCAGCAACAAUAAAACUGGAGCCUCACAAAGCAAUAGUUUUCUGGCUGCCGGGGUCAGUGACCCCCAUUUGAAAGCUGCAAAGAGAAGAAGAAGAAGGCGAAUAAUAAAUAAUGAAGACCAAUUGCAAAGUAACUAAAAGUUAACUUAAAGGUGAACCGCCCCUUUAAUGCACGUGGCGCACUCAAUGCACCGUCGGUUAAAGGGAUACGGUCCCAAUAUGCAGUUUAGUUUAGUUUUAGUGAUUUCAUUUUUGUUUUAGAAAAUGAGUCACUUCCUUUAUCGCAAACAGCAGUGCCAUUUUGCUUUACGGCAGCCAUUCUAGAUGAGUGCGGGAGCAGUUUACACUGCAGGAUUCUGCUGGGGAAACUCGAUUAACUGACGGGUUUGUAACAAACAUGUUUUCCCAUCCCAGCAUUCCUUGUAAUGAUGCCCAUUUCCUGCCAGCACAAAGCAGCGGGCCUGGCACAGAGAGAGAGAACAUACGGGCUGGGGGUCAGGGACUAUGGAGGAAACAGCAAUGUGACCUGGGAAGGAUGAGAGCAGGGGAGGGGCAACCCGUGGGGCAGGAAGGGGCGGAGACUCGUGGGCGGUCACUUCUCUUUUAUAAUGUAAGUUUGUAAUUACUGCCAAUAAAUGUCUGUUUUAUA